AUGGAGGGCCAGGCCUUCCACUUCACGGCCCUGGAGCGCGAAGCUUUCCGGCCACCGCCGCUUCAGGCCAAAGCUGGGUGGAAGACUCUGGAGGCGGAGCUGCAAUACCAGUCACAGUUCUGCCAUGACAAGCUGCAGAAGGAUCUGGAUGCCUUGCACGCUCAGGUGUUGAGCGAGGUGCACCGCGCAGUGGCGCAGGAGCUACAGAAAGUGUGCUCCAACAUGGAGGGCCUUCACAACCAGGUAGUGCGUGACGUCGCCACCUUGUCCGGCACGGCGAGGCAAGAGGUGCAGUCGCAGAAGGAGCUCUUGGAGCGCCGCACCGCGGAGUCCAGCGAGGCCAUGGUUGAGGCCAGGGAGGUUCCGAAGGAGCUUCAUGUGCGGGUGCGCACAGCUGGGGGCCACGACCUCUUCUCUGGUAAGCUUCCUGCAGAGAAGACUGUGGCAGACCUCAAAGAAGAGUUGCGGCUCGUAUUGCCUGUGCCUCAUGCACAACAGCGCCUGGCAUCUUUGCAGCACACACUGCAGGACGGUACCAAGCUGGAAGAGAUCUUUGCACUGCAGCAGGAGGAGAUAGAGCUCUACGGCAUGCUGAGGUCAUCUUUGUCUCAGUCAACCCCAUCGCCAGCGUCCGCGCACGACCUGGACUGCACUCUCUAUGUUGAGGGCGGGCUUCUCCAUUUGAGGGCACCCCAGGACAACCAGCACCUGGGCUUCUACACCCCAAAGCUGUCCUUAGCCUUGCCGCAGCUUCCGCUGGACCGCCGGAUCUUCGUGGAAUCCGUGCAGGAAGGCUCCUGGGCAGCAGAGGUGCGAGCAGGGGACGAGCUCUUGAAGGUCAUGGGCCGUGAUGUGGCGAGCCUUUCCAAGGGAGAGUUUGGCAGCCUCGUUGAUCGAGCCCUCUGGAACUCUGGGGAGUUCCAGUUUCACAGAAGCAGCUUGGAUCCGUACUUCGGUGCUGAUGGUUCGGUCUUCUGCUGCAUUGUCAGCAUGGAAGAUGAGGAGCUGCUCUCGCUCCGUGUCCCGCAGUCCCUUGACGUGGGUGCUUUGAAGCAACUCGUGGAGCGGUUCCUACGGAUUCCCCGCAGCUGCCAACAGCUGAUACAAGACCACCGACCGCUGGAGGACGAAGAGCCUUUACCCGCACAUGUUGUCGGUGUCAGACUGGCUUUACUUCGCCUGGGCCUCUUCACCCAAGAGGAGUUCGGCGCUGCCCUGAAAGCGGGGCUGGACGUGGAGCUGGGCCUCGCCUUCUGCGACGCCGCCUUCUUGGCCACCGGUCGCGUGGCAGUGGCUGCCGUGGAACCAGCCCGCUGGAGCACCAUGCUGCGAUUUCUAGGCGAUGAGGAUUUGGAGACGCCCAGUGAUGGUCAGGUAGUUGCUGUGCUUCCACGCGAUGACUACGACGCCUUGCUGCGCCUGGGGCCUCUCAACUUCCUCUUCCGCGCCGCGGACGUGCCACGCGCGCAGCCGCCGUUGGCGCCCAGGGCGCCGCCGGAAGCGAACUCGAGCGAGGCGCCAGAGGCUGCCGCGCCGGAGGCUGCCGCGCCGGAGGCUGCCGCGCCGGAGGCUGCCGCGCCGGAGGAGGCGCCGGUGGUGCAGGAGCACCGCAGACCACGGGCAAAGCCAAGGGCAACUGGCUAA